GCGCGAGCUGAAACAGUGAAUUCCAGUUUUGUCGAGGGUGUCCUCGAAGAGAACGGAACAGUUUCCAACCUGUGUUCGAGAGAUUGGAGGGCCAGGGCCAUGCGGAGAACCCUUUGAACGAGCCCCCCCUUGACGUGCCGUCAUUACGGCUAAUGUACUUAAUCGUUGGGAAAUCGGUGGAAGCUACAGCGUGCAGCUUACAAUCGAAAUUCGUGGGCUCGGUGUAUGAUCGGAUUUUAAAGUGAAUAAAGAUGGCAGUUCUCGCAUGGAGGGAGAGAACGAACGACGCUCGGUUGGCCGCUAACAAGUGCCAACGAAAUCGUCCUUCACACCGGCGAAAUUGAAGAGGACUCCCCCCCGUUUCUUGGUUCCGUUUAAUCCUCCUCUCGUGAAACCCGGCCAAGGGGGUGAGAGGGAUCAUCGUGCUGAGACCGAAUUAUGAAGGAUUCGACGAUUAUCUUUUCUAAGAAUGCUAGAUAAAUUCGGUUCGUUACGAAACGAGUCUCUAAUAGAUUAAUCGUAUUUCUCGCUGAUCUAUCUUAGGAAAGCGAUGCGAAGCGCGUGUCGAGGAUCUCGCGUUACGUCCAUCCCGGGACAUUAUUCGUACGAAUCGAUCCGAGUCUAGAUUGAAUCCGAGCGAAGAUCGAUGACCCGAUCCGCCUACGAGUUGGGUGGGAUCGCGUUGAAUUUUCGCGUUGAUAUGCGAGCUUCGUAAGGGGAGGGGGGAGAGGAGGGUGAGACUCGACGUAGCAGGUAGACGACGCAAGGGAACAAUGGCGGGCGAGGUGAACGCGACGAAGGUGGAGGGCUCGAUGAGCCUCGUAUCAACGAUAUCAUCCUCCUCGUCGGCCGGGGGCUCGGUUUCAGCAGCGAUCGCGACCGCUGCCACGGCAAUCCCGACUAAUCCGUCCACGACAGUAACGGGUGGAGCUGCGGUCACGAGCACCGCUAAACCCGAUCAUCACGUCUACAACGCGACCGGCUACCUCGUGGAACACGACGAGCUCGAUCACAGUAUACUCGCCGGUUUCUCAGAUAUACAGACAGUUUUUCUAGCGUGUAUCUCGACGUUGCUGCCGUUGAUCGUCGCGCUGGGGAUCGCCUUCGGCGUCAGACACGUGUGGAGAAAAUACCGAAACAGGCGAGACAGCUCGAGUGGAUUGCCCUGGUACAGGAGCGUAUACUCUCGAGACAAUACAGCCGAAUCGUUGCAUCAUCGCCCCCACUCGGGCGGCACCACCGUUCAAUCCGCCACGAGGAUCCUCUCCGCCCAAGACCUGGUAAACGGCCUCGAUAGACCAAGGUACGUUUGCGAGACCGAGGUGAUGGAGGAGGUGAACGUGGCAACCGCCACCCCCGUCGAGUACACGCCCCCUGGGAACACGAAUAAAAAUGCGAAUGGGAACAUCAUCACCCUCACCUUGAAAAACAACCAUCUUAUCGUAGAGACGGAGGAGAGAGCGGUGACGAUGGAGGAUAACAAGAAUCGCAGGUACCAGGACAACGGGUGCUCGUUCGUGGUCGAGGUGCAGCCGAGCUAUCAGAACGAGGGGGCGGAGGCGGCCAGCAAGGGAUCCACGGACGACGUGGCAGCCGAUCAGCAAGCUCUGGUUCACAGGGAAGAAAUAGCCGAGGAUCGGACGUCGGGUUUCGAAAACACGAGGCUGUUCGGGAGCACGAACACAGGAUUGUCGCAGUCGGAUCUCUCCAUCUCUAGCCAAGGCUCGGUCAAUCCCAGCUACCGUUACGGGAAUCAAAUGGAGUACGAUUCCGGCCACUUGGGUUACCCCAUGUACGGGGGUAGUUACGAGUCGGACACGUUAUCCCGGAAAUUGGAGGGUGGCUCCAAGUGGGUGGAAUUCGACAAGUCGCCGGACACCGAGAAGACGUUGGUGUCGAAGACUUGCGGCUUGGAGGCAACGAGGGACGGCGAGGAGAGUCCGUCGAUGGCCGGGAAACAGAACAAUCUGGACGUUUCUCAGGGGUCGGGGGGUUCGAUGGACCAACAGGAUUCGACGGACGCGAGCAUUUCCACGGACACGGUUCGCUCGAAUCCAAAUCUGCAGGUGAACGGCGGGAUCCCGACUGAAGCGCAGCAGAGAGCCGCGAGCAACGAGGUGGUCGGAGGGAGGGCGGCGGAGGCGAACAAACCCGUGAUAACGGGUGCGUUGCUCAAGGACGACGUCCAGGAGGACGCUUUCCAGGAGCAGCAGAGGAAACUGGGUAACGGCACUCUGACACCUGAGCACAAGGAUGGCGAGAGGGUGGGGAAGAAGGCAGAGAUGUUCGUGCCGAGUCACAAACGGAGCGGAAGCAUCCCGCCCCGAUUGAUCGAGGAGAGCCUCGAGUUGGAGUUGGAGCCGAAGAAAUCGUUGGACAUUUACAGCCAGAUAAAGACAAGCACGAAAAGCAUACUUCCGGGACUGAGCCCCAAGUUCGAGCUUCUUCAGAACGAAGUGAGCCCCAUCGAGGAGAAGGAGAGUUAAUGGGGAUGGGAAUUUCUUCCUCGGCCAUUUUCAAUUUCGAGGGAUUUUUUGCUUCCCACAGAAUCGAGAAUAUGAUAGGAGAGAAUGUGUAAUCUGCGAAACGAUUUUUCUACGAAAAAUUUUGAAAAGUCCUUCGAGGGGUUUCUCCUCCCCCCAAACACCACCUCUUCCCCUCGCCCUCCCCUCGAAUACUCGCACAGAGCGAAAAUCAAAAUUAGACCAAGGCCGAGUCGCGAGUCCUUUCCGAUGGAAGAGGGAGAAGAGGGGUCCCUCCAUUCCCUUCCCAGUCGAGAACGAUUUUUAUCUAUGAUAAAAUUCCAGGAGGAAUAAAGAAAAGCUCAUUGUAGAUAUCUCAUCAACUUCGACGGAUUUUACCCGGCUCUUCUUUUCGAAGGAAGGGAACGUGAUCGCGAAAAUCGCGUAACGAAACACUUCGAGUAAAACUAAAAAGGUAAACGUCGCUCGAAGAACUCUUCGAAAAAAGAAGAGGAGGAGCGAUUGAAACGGAGAGAAGAGGAAAAGAGAAGGCCAGAAUUUUCAGAAUUUUCCCCGCCACUGAUGAAAAAAAGAAUCACCAGUAGGUGGAAAAAUUGACAGGGUUGAAAUUGGAUCAGUAUCCAAGGACAAAAGGUAAACCGUACCGAUUUGGAACCGACGAGUUUGUAUCCCCUAACGAUUCUAAUUCCCUCUCUUCCACCCCUUCCCUUUGGAUAAAUUCGCCAAAGCGAGGAGAUCCACGGGGGAACAAUCGUCGACUAACGAACUCGACGCGCCGUGUGUGCGACGCACGCCAUAACCGAGGAGGGGAGGAGAUGAGAGGAGGGAGGAGUCGUCGAGAGGGUCGACGAUUAUCUCUGGAAAGUGAACGAGAUUCUUGGCGCAUUAAGUUCGUUUUUUUGGAAACGAGGGGAGGAGAAAGAAAGACGAAACCGUCCUGGGAUGUUUCGAUUUCCCUCCCUCCCUCUCUCCCCCAUGCUAUUCGUUCGAACAGUUUCGAACACGUCGGUCUGAUUGAAGAUUCUUCGAGCGCACGUCUCUUCGUACAACUCGUCUGCAUCUAUCCAACUAUCCGCGCCACGAGGGAUAUUAUAUCGUAUUAUACGGAUACACACGAAUUUUUGUAAAUUGAUUGAUGCCGAAGGGAAAUCGUAUCCCGGAUAUUUCCGUGGGGAACGAAUUUGUUUAAAAAAAAAAGAAAAAAGAAAAAAACAGAAUUUGCUAAGAAAUUUUCUAUCGCGAGAAGAGGAGAUAAGCACAAGGAGAUAAUUAAGAGGGAGAUAAUUAUCGCAAUCGUGUGGAACGUUUUAUUAUUAUUAUUAAGCGUCCAUGGGGAUGACAAAGUAAGAGUCUCUCUCUCGAACCAGCUCUUUUUAUCUGGAAGAAUAAUUCCAGUUGGACGACGGAUGAAUGGAUCGUAGCCGUAAAAAAAAAAAAUCAUAUAUAUAUAUAUAGUUGAAUCAAACGUUAAACGCGAUGAACAAGUCGGGCAGAGAGGCUUAAGAUUAACGUUAAUAUACGUGGAUUCUAGUGCCAAAAUAGUUCCUUAAGGAGGUUUCUUCUCGAGGUUCAACUCGACGAGACGACGUAUUUGAGAGAUACGAUUAUACUCGAUUAUAUUCUCAUUAUUAUUAUUAUUAUUAUAUUAUUAUCAUUAUUAUUAUUACCAUCAUAAUUAUUAUUACUUGUACGUUUCGAUGCAGAUGCUGCGUUACCAAUAUUUCAGAUUUUAUACGUUAACGUUAACAGAAGUUGUUGUUGAUUGAUAUUGGUGCUAUCGCGUAUGGAUCUAGAUCUAGAUAAAGGAGGGACCGUAUACGUCCCCCUUUGAAUUCAGCCUCCUCGUUACGAGACGAGAGACUCUCCCCCUUCCCCUAAUUGUAAUUUUCCAAAUAGAAGAAGAAGAAGAAGAAUUUCCUUUUUUUUGGAAGCGACACUCUCGCGUUCUUUUUUUUUUUUUUCUUUCAACACACCAAUUGACCAAUUGAAUUGAAAACGAAACGGGACUCGAAUUUUUCAAACAAUUUCGAGAUUGGUAGGAAGGUUUCACGGGAAUCGCUUCGAAACAAGAGACGAGAAACAAAAACCAAAACCCGUUAGACGCGACUCCUCGCCUGUCAUUCGAUUGCCAUUGUCGAGCCCCGAGCCGAUAAAUUGCCAUUGCCACGAUGAAAAAAAGAGAGAGAGAGAGAGAGAGAGAAGAGAGAAGAACAAAAUCCCUUACCGAAUAAGGCAAUUAUUCGCCACGUCCACGUAAAGAUAAUAGAGCGUAGCUAUCAUCUAUUUAGCGAUUAAGUAUCGUACGUAAAAAAAGAAAAAAAGAGAGAGGAGAAAAAAAAAGAAACUUAGCCAUAACCCGCACACGAGUAAAAAACGGAAAUCGAUUCAUUAUUUCUCACGAACUUAUCACUGCGUCUCUCCCGCUUUCUAACGAAGUAAAUCUAGUUUCCAGAUUUAGUUUCUCGUGUGAUUGUUACUACUACUAUUACUAUUACUACUAUUACUACUAGUACUAUUACUACUACUGCUACUACUAUUACUACUACUACUAUUAGGUGGUAUUAGAGGUCUAACUCUGUGGACAAGUGUAAAUUUUAUAUAAGACCUGAAUGUCUCGCGUAUUUCUAGAAGUAUUCUCACCACACCGUAGCUCCGUCGACGGCCGAUCGUUCUCGAUCCCGAUUUCUAAAAAAAAAAACAUUUCUUCAUAACAACGCGUUCGAACAACGUUCGAAGGGGAAUCAUAAUUACGUGUGUGCGUGCGUGUGUGCGUGUGCGCGUGCGUGUAUGUGCGUGUAACGUUUCGAGAUCGGCACGAGAGAUCGAUCGUUAAGACGCCGCACUUCGUUUCCGAAGAAGGGGGAAAGAAAAGAAAGAAAUCAAUUCUCCACUCUUCAACGGUAUUAUUCUAUCCGCAUCGCGAAUCAUCGGUUCGUAAAUGGCAUAAUUUAGAGAUAAAUUACUCGUAGAGACUCGUCGAAGUAAGGCUACGAUUAAAGAUUUAAACGCGGAUCCCUUCGAGACGGGGGAUCUCGACACACAACCGUUCCAUAUGAUCAAUUAUAAAUUCGAAUCGUAGUAAUUAAGCGAGCGAGAGAGAGAGAAAAUGAGAAAGAAAGAGAGAAUGAGAAUGAGAGAGAGAAAAAGAUAGAAUUUGAGCUUUUGGACGAUAUCGAGCUUUCAUGGAUCAUGGAUCAAAUUUCUUUUCUCGUUUCGCAUAUUAAUAAUAAUAAUGAUAAUUUUUCUCGCACCGAUCCCCUCACAUCAAUUUCGGUUUUUCCUUUUCCUCGCGACCUCUCCUCCUCCUCCCCCCUUCCCCUAUCGAGGGAUUGGAUCGGAACGAAUCGAAAGUAAUCUCACAUUUGUCCAUUUUUGUCGUGCCGCAUACGUACCCUCUAACUUGUAACUCGCUGAAGGCGCACCGCGUAAAAACACUCUUUUUUUAGAACGGACAUUGUGUGGACAUUCAUUUCUUCGCUAAAAUACCACCACGUUGUAUAAUUGUCAAUUUAUUUUGCAAAAUAAAACAACUAUUGGACACGGAA